AUGAAAUAACUCAGUUUAUUAAAUCUCGUCAACAUCUAGCCCAAAUAAACUACUUUAUACUCGACCAAAGAUUCAAUCAAAAAAAUAAGGAGCUUUGACAUCAUCGGCAAAAGUCCUUAUAAAAUUAACCCUGCUCGAUAAACUCAAAAACAAUUGAUUAAAGAAUGCCCACCAAUAACUAGUAGAGCCACACAAAGAUAACAUAUAAAAUCUCCUCCUGAUUUUACAAAAUCCAACAAACCAAUUAGUAUUAGCAAUCAUCGUAUGUUUAUUUUUAUUGUAUACAAGUUGAUCUUCAUUAAAAUGAAACGUAAACUAAAGGACAAUAAAAAUCAUAUCAUCUCCAACUAAAAUCGAUCCUCAUUAAAGAAUAGGACCAAUUGCAUACGUUCGAUUAAGCCAAAAGUAAACACAAUUCAAUAUCGUAUAGGAAUUAACACUCAAAUAACUAGUAACCUAAUACCUUAGAUCACAAAGUUACAUCUCAGAACCAACCCAGAACAAAUCGACCAAGAAGUAACUCAGAAAUUACCAUCGACACUUGGCAAUCCUAAUUUAAGCAAAUCUGAAAAGCUACUUCAACAAAACCAAUAAAAGUUUUUGGAUCUCCAAAACAAAAUCACAUCCAAUAUUAAACAACGAAAUCAAACCAAAACUUACUCCUUGACAACCCAUCAACCUUAAUCUACUGUCAAGUAAUUACCUGAUCAGUUUCAACUACCUUAAAUAGCAUAAUAUGUCUUAUAACACUAUUCAGAUUAGCUCAGUGAAUUCGAGAAGAAGGAGAUUAUAGAUUAUGAAACUAUUUAUUAUCUCGCUCCUAAAAAUAUUGCAAAAGCCCAGAGAGAUCCCCUAGGAAAUCAAUUUAAUCAUGGAUACGAUAAUUAACAUGGAGACUAUAAAUUCAUUAAGCAGGAUUAGAUAGCUUUUAGGUAUGAAAUGCUAGACAAAUUAGGGAAUGGCAGUUUUGGUUAUGUUUUUAAAGUCUUUGAUCACAAACAUCGCAAAGAGAUGGCUAUCAAAAUUAUAAAGAACAGAGAGAAGUUUUAUUAAUAAGCACUAAUCGAAAUAGACUUGCUGAAGAUCAUCAAUAAAGCAGAUAAUUCUUAUUGUCUGAUUAAAUUGAUGAAUUUUUUUGAAUUCAGAAAUCACAUAUGCAUGGUUUUCGAAUUACUUUGUUGUAAUCUCUACGAAUUUCUGGCUUUGAAUAAUUUUGUAGGCCUGGAACCUGAUUUGAUCAGAAGAUUCGCAAUCCAAAUCCUCUAAGCUCUCCUCUAUUUGAAGGCAUGCAAUAUCAUCCAUUGUGAUCUAAAACCAGAAAACAUUCUCCUAAAAGAAUUCACUAAGUCAGGUCUUAAGGUGAUUGACUUUGGCUCAAGUUGCUUUGCUAACAAUAAAAUGUACACCUACAUUCAAAGCAGAUUUUAUAGAGCUCCAGAGAUAAUAUUUGGAAUUAAUUACACAUUUCAAAUAGAUAUGUGGAGCUUUGGAUGCAUCAUGGCUGAACUCUUUUUAGGAGAUUCUCUGUUUCAAUCUAAAACUGAAAAGGAAUUGCUCUAUGCUUAAACUAAGGUUCUUGGGAUGCCUCCAAAAGAAGUGAUUGAUUAAAGUCCAAGGAAAGUAAAGUUUUUUGAUGAUAAAUAUCAACUCAAUUACAAAAUAAAAGAAAAUGAGUAGACUCAGCAAUUGAAGCCUCUCCCUCAAUUACUUGUAAAGGCAGGUGCCGAUUUCUAUGAUUUCAUUAGCAAGUGUCUAGAAUGGAAUCAAUUUUAGAGAUUGACACCAGAACAAGCUUUAGAGCAUCCUUGGAUUAUUAAUACUCUACCAUAAUCCAUUCGGAAUGAACUUCUCCAAAAAAGAACUAAUGUACCUUCAAUCAUUCCCAAUAACAAAAAUGCCGAUAAGUAAGAACCUAAAUGA